UUGUAGGUACAAUACAAUUUUAUUUACUUCAUCCUAACAAUUUGAUAUCACUGGUACUGUACAGCACAUUUGGAAAAUGUUGGGUGUUUAAAAGCGACUCUAAAUAGUUAAAGACAAUAACAAGAAUACUUGGAAAUAAAUGUGGAAGGCAGAGCAUUUUAGUUGACCAGAAUAUUUUGGAAAGGAAUGGCACUUAAGCUAUUUUGACAUUAUGGGAACUUAAUUCUCAAAUGUCAAAGUUCGUUCUGUUUGUGAGAGAUGGCGAAACCGUUUUGGAUUUUAAUUAAAAUGCAGCGAUAGUAAUUGUGCAAGUGAAUGAGACGUACAUUUUUUUGGAUCUGGGUAAUCAACUCCGUAGUAUGAAGUAGUGUUUUAUUGAAGAUUUCUUUGAAAAUGCUUAUUAAAGAAUACAGAAUACCGCUACCACUCACGGUUGAAGAAUACAGAAUAGCACAACUUUAUAUGAUUGCAAAGAAAAGUAGGGAAGAGAGCUCUGGUGAAGGAAGUGGUGUAGAAAUUUUAGUCAACGAACCAUAUGAAGAUGGGCCAGGUGGCAAAGGUCAGUACACUCAAAAAAUAUACCAUGUUGGUAGCCAUUUACCAGGUUGGUUUAAGAGUCUCCUUCCAAAAUCUGCAUUAACAGUAUCUGAGGAAGCUUGGAAUGCUUAUCCUUACACAAAAACUAGGUACACAUGUCCAUUUGUUGAAAAAUUUUCACUGGAAAUUGAAACUUACUAUUAUGCUGACAAUGGCCACCAAGAAAAUGUAUUUGACCUUUCUGGGAGUGACUUAAAGAACAGAAUAGUUGAUGUUAUUGAUGUUGUUAAAGAUCAACUGUAUGGUACUGAUUACAUAAAGGAAGAGGAUCCGAAAUUAUUUAUUUCACAGAAGUGUAAUCGAGGUCCUUUGUCUGAUAACUGGUUAGAAGAGUAUUGGACAGAGGUACAAGGACAGCCUCAGCCAUUAGCUAAUGGAAAAUCUCUCAUGUGUGCCUAUAAAUUAUGUAGAGUAGAAUUCAGGUAUUGGGGCAUGCAAACAAAAUUGGAAAAAUUUAUUCAUGAUGUUGCAUUAAGGAAAACUAUGUUGCGAGCUCAUAGACAAGCAUGGGCUUGGCAAGAUGAAUGGCAUGGUCUAACAAUGGAUGAUAUUAGAGAAAUUGAAAGACAGACCCAAUUGGCUCUACAGAAAAAAAUGGGUGGUGAUUCACAGGGUGAGGAACAAGAUGUAUCAGAUGAAAAUUCUAAAUCCCUUGCAGCUACAAUGAGUAGCUUAGAAAAAAAUGAAGAAUUGACAACCCCUUUGACAAACAAGAAAAAUCAUAAUGAAAAACGCCUUCAAAAACAUUUAAGUCCAGAGAUUACUCCUCCUUCAGAUCGUAAAUCAACAUCAAAGUCGAAUCUCAGAUCUUCAUCCUCUGGCUCAAUAAAAAGUUUGCAGGCCCAAGCUGCAAACUGGCGAAUGGAAACACUUGUCAGAGAAUCAGAAACAGAAACGGGGUCAGAAGAUGAAUUUUAUGAUUGUGAAUCUUCUUUUAACAAAUGGUCUUCUAUGUGCUCUCUUGAUGAAGCUGAUAUUGAUAUUUCACCCAUUCAAGGUAAUCUAGGAACUCAAGAUAGCAUUUUUAAUCCUUCUUUCUUAAAACGUGUUACUUCUGAGAGAGGAUCUCGGAGAGUAGUAACUUUACAAAGCCACCACAGUGUUGAUGGAUGUCCUGACACACCAGAACAUGGCUCAUGCGCUACUACCGUAUUGAUACUAGUAUUUCAUGCAGGAAGUGUACUAGACGCAAAUGUUGACAUGACGGCUAAAAAAUCUGAUGUUACUACCUUUAAAGGAGCUUUUGAAUCAGUAAUGCGACAACAUUAUCCAACUUUAGUUGGACAUGUUAUUAUAAAAUUAGUAUCUUGUCCUUCCAUAUGCACUGAAUCACUUGGAAUAUUAUCAACAUUAAGCCCUUAUAGUUUUGAUUGUUCUCCGUCUACUGUUGAAACACCAUCACUAACUAAUGAUCUUAUACCUAUUGGUGCUAUACCUCUAAUAGCCACAACUUGUCCCGAAUAUCAUGAGUCUGUUACAAAAACCAUUAACUCAGCUAAUGCUGUAUUUAACGAGUUUAUUAAAUCUGAGGAUGGAAAAGGUUUCAAUGGUCAAGUUUGUAUUGUGGGCGAUAGUAUGGGGUCUGUGCUGGCUUACGACGCACUUGUUAGAAGUUUCCAGUAUAACUCACGACACGAUAGCGAAAAUAGUAUAUUAGAUACUGAAAUUACGAUUCCAAAUGAUCCCUUAGAUCAACAAUAUCUAAACAAAUCUCAUUUACAAGCGCCUACGCCGCGAAGGCGAUCGUCUUCUACCAGCGAAAAUCAAAUAAAAUUCGAAUUCGAAGUCAGUGAUUUUUUUACUUUUGGUAGUCCAUUAUCAUUGAUUUUAGCUUCUAGGAAAGUAUCAGAUGACAGAAGUCGAGAUAUUACAAAACCACCGGUUCAGCAGGUUUACAAUUUAUUUCACCCAACUGAUCCAGUUGCUUCAAGAUUAGAACCAUUACUAUCAGCAAGAUUCACAAAUUUGCCCCCCAUAAAUGUUGCUAGAUAUACGAAGUAUCCAUUAGGAAAUGGUCAGCCUUAUCAUUUGAUGGAAUUAAUACAAAGUCAUCCUCAAUUGUUUGGUGACCAUUUACAAAUGCCACCUACACCAAUUUUACGUAGACUAUCUGAAGCGUCUGUACAAAGCACAGUUAGUGGUUUAGUUGAUAAUAUUCCUUUGUUAACUAUGAAUGCUUUACAGCAGAAAUGGUGGGGGUCUAAACGCUUAGAUUACGCCUUAUAUUGUCCUGAAGGCUUAACCAACUUCCCCACGAAUGCUCUUCCUCAUCUAUUUCAUGCAAGUUACUGGGAAAGUUACGACGUUAUAGCUUUCAUAUUACGACAGAUCGGUCAUUUUGAUUUAGCUUUGUAUGGACAUUCAGAUGAUAAGGACUGCUCUAUGUUUAAACCAGGACAAGAAAGAGAAAAAUGGAUGAGAAAGAGAACAUCAGUUAAAUUAAAAAAUGUCGCCGCAAAUCAUAGAGCCAAUGAUGUAAUAGUGAAAGAAGGUUCUUCGCAAGUUUUCGUUGCUCGUUUUAUGUAUGGACCUUUGGACAUGAUAACACUAACAGGAGAAAAGGUUGAUAUAUAUAUGAUGAAAGACCCACCAGCAGGUGAAUGGACACUUUUAUCAACUGUUGUGACAGAUAAAACGGGAAGAAUCUCUUAUACAUUACCGGAGCGUCAAAGUGUUGGUUGUGGUAUUUAUCCUGUCAAAGCGGUUGUUAGAGGUGAUCACACUAGUUGUAAUUUUCACUUAGCUGUUGUUCCACCUCAAACCGAAUGCGUUGUUUUUAGUAUUGACGGUUCUUUUACCGCUAGCGUUUCUGUAACUGGACGCGACCCAAAAGUAAGAGCCGGCGCAGUUGAUGUUGUUCGUUUUUGGCAAGAUUUGGGCUAUCUCAUUCUGUAUAUUACUGGUAGACCUGAUAUGCAACAAAGGAAAGUAAUAUCCUGGUUAGCAGAACACAACUUCCCCCAUGGCUUAGUCUUUUUCUCGGACGGGUUUUCAACAGAUCCCUUGGGGCAUAAGGCCGCACAUUUGAACGGACUUAUUAACGAUCAUGGCAUAAUUCUACACGCUGCGUACGGUUCGGGAAAAGACAUAACGGUCUAUAACAAUUGUGGUUUGUCUCCUAGACAAAUUUAUGCCAUUGGUCGCAUUGGCAAGAAAUACAGCAACAUGGCUACUACUUUAAGUGAUGGAUACGCUUCACAUUUGGCAGAUUUGAAACAGCCUGGGGCAAUUCGCCCUGCUAGAGGUAAUGCCCGUCUUCUCGUCCCUCGUCGAUUGUUAGCUCCGGUUACAAAUGCACCUGCUUCCCGCGGUCGCCGUUAGAAACUUUAAUAAUAAAGAUCAAAAGGUC